AUGAUUUCUGAUAAAAGAAUAUCAAUCAAAUUUCUUUUUGUUGCUCUUUUCUUUGUCUUUAUUUCAGGAGCUGAUGCCUGCAUAGAGAGGGAGAGAGAAGCUCUUCUAAGCUUCAAGAAUGGCCUCAUCGAUGACGACGGUAUUCACUCGUCAUGGCAAACUGACGAAUGCUGCAAAUGGAAAGCAGUUGUGUGCAGCAACACCACUGGUCAUGUCAUCGCCCUCCAAAUUAUUGAUUAUAUAAAUUAUGAACCAUUGCUAGUCGAGGUUGGUCUUUCUUCCUUGCUUGAGUUGCAUCAUUUAAACUAUUUUGACCUUAGUUUUAUUGAUUUUGGAGGCAACCCAAUCCCAAAAUUCUUGGAAUCACUCCAAAUUCUGGACUUGGCUCAUAAUAAAUUCAAUGGAUCAUUGCCAGACCUGAGAGCAUUUUCUGCAUUGACAGAAGUGUACCUUGGGGGAAACAACUUCACAGGCUCCAUUCCUCUAAGUAUAGGCCAACUCUCUGAGCUUCAGGUUCUAGAUCUUUCUAUUAAUUCUUUGAAUGGCAUAGUCUCAGAAUCCCACUUCGACAAGCUCGACAAGUUGAAGAAACUAGACUUAUCCUUCAAUUCAUUAUUGAUCUUGCAUUUUGCUCCUAAUUGGAGUCCAACUUUUCAGUUGGAUGCUAUAUUGUUAGCUGGAUGCAAUGUGGGGUCAUCUUUCCCAAAAUGGAUUCAAACUCAGAGAAAUUUAGUAUUUCUUGAUCUCUCUAGAGCUAAUAUAGCAGAUGACGUGCCAACAUGGUUGUGGAGUGUGUCCUCUAUAUUAGACACCUUAUAUCUUUUUGACAAUCAAAUUACUGGUACGAUACCGAAUCUCUCGAACACUUUUAUCAGGAACAUAGAUCUUAGUAACAAUAGUAUCUCAGGUCCGAUUCCAUCAUUUCAUGCCAAUAGUGAAACUAUUCAGUUAAGUGAAAAUAUGUUCUCCGGUUCAAUUUCAUCUAUUUGCAAAACUCACCAUAGUAAGCUUUGUUUGCUCGACCUCUCUAAUAAUCAGUUGGCAGGAGAGAUUCCCAACUGUUGGGAGAAAAUGCCAACCUUAUAUUCUCUCAAUUUGGCUAACAACCAUUUUUGGGGUGAAAUUCCUCGCUCUUUAGGGUCUGUAUCAGGCCUCGGUGCACUGCAGUUGCGUGGUAAUAGUCUAUCGGGAGAGUUUCCUUCCACUUUGAGAAGUUGCAAAGAAUUGCUCUUAGUUGAUGUUGCAGAAAAUGAGUUAACAGGGGAUAUCCCGACUUGGUUUGGUGAAUUGUAUAAAAUAGAAAAUCUAAACCUUGGCAAAAACAAAUUGCAUGGUAGUAUUCCUGUUGAGAUAUGCAAUCUUACAAGUAUUCGAAUUUUGGACUUGUCCAAAAACAACUUGGAUGGGAAUAUACCUGAUUGCUUCAACAAUUUUACUUCUCUGGCCCAAAAGAAUAUACCAACUAAUUCGAUUUCUCCAAAUUACUAUACCACUUCCUAUUAUAAUGGUAAUGUGAUUAUUAUUGUAACACACUACGAGUUUUCGUCAAUUCAAUGGAAGGGUCAAGAAUCGGAAUACAGGAAAAAUCUCCAACUUCUCAAACUCAUUGAUUUUCCAAGCAAUAGAUUGAGUGGAAACAUUCCCCGUUCAUUUUCCAAUAUGAAGGGAUUGAUUUCCUUGAACUUAUCAUCGAAUAGUUUCACGGGAAAUAUAAUUCCAGAUAUUGGUGAAAUGGAGAUGUUAGAAUGUCUUGAUCUAUCGGACAAUCAAUUGUCUGGGGAAAUACCCACGAGCUUGGCACAAUUACAAUACUUGAGUGUUCUUAAUGUGUCGAACAAUAGUUUAACUGGAAAAAUUCCCACGAGUACUCAACUUCAGAGCUUCAAUGCAUCUGCAUAUGCUGAGAAUGAUGGACUUUGUGGGGCCCCUCUCGCGCUGUGUAACGAAGAUGUCUUGAAGCCACCCACCACUAAUCCAGGGGGAAACGCGGAUGAGAAAGGCAUCAGCCUCUCUUUUAUGCAAGAAGUUGGCAUAUCAAUGGGCUUUGGUUUUAUAUUUGGAUUUUGGGGAGUUGUUGGUACUUUCGUACUGAAGAAAUCAUGGAGAAUUGCAUUCUUCAACGAAGAUGUUGGAGAUUGGUUCUAUGUGAGGACUGCUAUAUUUGUGUCCAAAUUGAGAAGAGGCUGA